UAUUAUUUUAUUUAAUACUUUUUGGUUACCCUAUUAGUUAGUUUCAUGGAAACUUUACACGUUUGAAAAAAUAACCAUACUUAAUAAUUUUAUAUUGUGGAAAGUCGGUCAAAAUUCUUCUAAAUUUAAUGUGAAAUAUAAUUUUUUGGUCCGCCCAAUAUGUCCGCGUUAGGAAUCAACGGUUUUGGCCGCAUCGGGAGAUUAUUUGCUCGCCUGGCGCUGGUGCGGCCCGAUGUUCAAAUACUGGCAAUCAAUGAUCCCUCCCUGGACCCAGAGUACAUGGCGUACAUGCUGCGCUAUGAUUCCACACAUGGAAAAUUUCGAAAAGAGAUCACGGUGAAAGGGGACAAGUUGAGUGUUGCCGGUAAGACUAUCAAGUUGCUGAAGGAGCCCGACAUCAAGAAGAUUAAGUGGUGUGAUUUUGGGGUUAAGACGGUGGUGGAAUGCUCCGGAAAGUUUACCACCAUAGAGAAAUGCAAACCGCAUCUGGAUAAUGGUGCCAAAAAAGUUGUAAUAUCGGCACCAUCUGCCGAUGCUCCGAUGUUUGUCUGUGGAGUGAAUUUGGAUAGUUAUAAGCCCGGAACUAAGGUCAUUUCCAAUGCGUCGUGCACCACUAAUUGUCUGGCGCCCGUUGCUAAGGUGGUAAACGACACAUUCGGAAUAGUAGAGGGCCUAAUGACCACCGUACAUGCGGCUACCGCGACCCAAAAGAUCAUCGACGGACCCAGCGGCAAGUUGUGGCGAGAUGGUCGGAGCGGAAUGAUGAACAUCAUCCCAGCCUCAACCGGGGCGGCCAAGGCUGUGGGUAAGGUAAUACCCGAAUUGAAUGGAAAACUUACGGGCAUGGCGUUUCGUGUUCCAACACCAAAUGUUUCCGUUGUGGAUCUGACGUGUCGUCUCAAGAAACCGGGCAAGAUGGAAGACAUCAAGAAGGCCAUGCAAAAAGCUGCAAAAGGCGACUUAAAAGGUGUGUUGGCCUACAUAGACGAGGAAAUGGUUUCCACUGACUUCGUUGGCUCCAAGUACGCCUCUUUGUUUGAUUCCAAGGCCUGCAUAUCCUUGAACGAUAACUUUGUCAAGUUGGUCAGUUGGUACGACAACGAGAUGGGAUACUCUGCCAAACUUCUGGACCUGGUUCUCUUUACCGAGCUAGCCGAUUUUUGUGCCAAAGAAGCGGACAAGAAGAAAUGCGCCCAACUAGCGUUAGAGGAGCAAUGCGCCAAACUGGCGGAAAAGGAGAAAUGCGCCAAGCUAGCGUUAGAGGAGGAAUGCGCCAAGCUAGCUGAAAAGGAGAAAUGCGCCAAAAAGAAGAAAGAUCCAUGUGCUAAGAAGAAGAAAGAUCCUUGCGCCAAGAAGAAAAAAGAUCCUUGCGCCAAAAAGAAGGCAAAUCCUUGUGCCAAAACGAAAAACAAGUCUUCCGCCAAAAAGAAAAAGGCUGCUUGCAACAAAUCGAAACCGAAGCCUCCUCCCAAAAAAAAGGAUCCAUGUGCCAAGUAUAAAGGCAAAGGCGGAGCAAAGAAGAAAGACCCUUGCAAAAAGGACUCGAAAAAGCCUAAAAAGAAGGAUCCAUGCGCCAAGUUUAAGAAAGGUGCAGGGGCCAAGGGUAAGAAGAAAGAUCCCUGCGCCAUGAAUAAGAAGAAAGAUCCAUGCGCGAAGGAUAAGAAGAAAGAUCCUUGCGCUAAAGAUAAGAAGAAAGAUCCUUGCGCCAUGGAUAAAAAGAAAGACCCUUGCGCUAAGGAUAAGAAGAAAGAUCCAUGCGCCAAGGACAAGAAAAAAGAUCCGUGCGCCAAAGAUAAGAAAGGCGCAGGGGCCAAGGGUAAGAAGAAAGAUCCUUGCGCCAAGUAUAAGUCUGGUGAGAAGAAAGAUCCCUGCGCCAAGGAUAAGAAGAAAGAUCCAUGCGCCAAGGAUAAGAAAAAGGAUCCCUGCGCUAAGGAUAAGAAGAAAGAUCCAUGCGCCAAGGAUAAGAAGAAAGAUCCCUGCGCCAAGGAUAAAAAGAAAGACCCUUGCGCCAAGGAUCAGAAGAAAGAUCCAUGCGCCAAGGACAAGAAGAAAGAUCCAUGCGCCAAGGACAAGAAGAAAGAUCCUUGCGCCAAGGAUAAAAAGAAAGAUCCAUGCGCCAAGGAUAAGAAAAAAGAUCCUUGCGCCAAGUUUAAAGAAGUCAAAAGCGCCGGAAAGAAGAAAGACCCCUGCGCCAAGGAUAAGAAGGAUCCCUGCGCCAAGGAUAAGAAGAAAGAUCCCUGCGCCAAGGACAAGAAGAAAGACCCUUGCGCCAAGGAUAAGAAGAAAGACCCUUGCGCCAAGGAUAAGAAGAAAGAUCCCUGCGCCAAAGAUAAGAAGAAGGAUCCUUGCGCCAUGAAGAAGAAAGGUAAAAAGAAGGGCAAGUGCGGUAAUAAUAAGAAAGUAAAUCCUUGCGCUAAGAGGAAGGACGAUUUCCAAAAAAAGAAAAGUGAUCACUGCAAGACAAAGAAGAAAUAGAGUUCGGCCAAGUGAAAACUAAAACACUGCAUGGGAAUCAGACAAAAAGGCGGAAGUAUACUGCCAUAAUCUAGUCCGUAAACAAAUUUAACGUCUCGACUUAUUUCCAUCUCAAAACAUGAAACAGCUACAUAAAAAUUCAGUUAUUGAAAAAGUUUAGUGAGAUUUGAAUAAAUUUUAAAAGAAAACAA